UGACGUCAUGACGCAAGGAGUAACAGCCGCAUUGUUGUUGGGGAAGACAAGCUCGGCCUGAGCGGCGGAGCACUGCUACGGUCUGUAACGAGAUCCAUUCCGGUGGAAUUGUACUCCUCCAAAACGUCUCUGUCGCCCUGGAUACUCACCGGCCACCUUCACUGUUCAUUCGGUUCAGCGCGAACCGCGGCAGCCGUCUGACGAGCGGACUGGAUGUGGAUUUAACUGCCGCUUCGCUCUGCAGGCCGCGCCGCCAUUGCUGCUGCUUCUCUUAUAAGCCCAGUUCUUGAAAAUACUGAGCAUUCUCACGGAGUCAGCAUGAAGAAGAAAGCGCGACAUCAGCGCCCAGCGGCGCUGAAAAGGGAGUCUUCACCCAUCAAACCGUCACCCAACCGGGAGACCCUGACAUACGCGCAGGCUCAGCGGAUGGUGGAACUGGAGGUGGACGGCCGUGUCCACCGACUGAGCAUCUAUGACAAGCUGGACAUCAUCACUGAUGACGACCCCACGGCUCAGGAGAUCAUGGAGUGCAACAGCAACAAAGAAAACAGUGAGAAGCCCCAGCAGGUCCUGGUGCGGUCUGUGCGCCUCAAAAACAACCAGCAGAAGAAGAAUGCAACGUUGACGCCACCAUCCGGUGACAGCCAUACUAGCCCCAGUGGCCUGCUGGAACCUAAAGUUAGAACAGUGGAGUACAAUCUACCGGUGGUUCCAAAAAGGCCUGCGGUGUACUACAAGUACACGGAGCGGACAGCGGAGGAGCUGGAUGAGGAGGUAGAAUAUGACAUGGACGAGGAGGACUAUGCCUGGCUGGAGAUCCUCAACGAGAAGAGGAAGAGUGAGGGCAUCAGCCAGGUGUCCAACAAUCUCUUUGAGUUCCUUAUGGACCGCUUUGAGAAGGAAUCGUACUUGGCCACACAGGGUCAGAGCGACCUGCAGUCACUGGUUGACGAGGACGCUGUCUGCUGCAUCUGCAUGGAUGGAGACGGAGCCGACAGUAACGUGAUCCUCUUCUGCGACUCCUGCAACAUUGCAGUACAUCAGGAGUGUUAUGGUGUGCCGUACAUCCCGGAAGGCCAGUGGCUGUGCCGCCCCUGCCUUCAAUGUCCAUCACAGCCCGCCAAGUGCAUCUUUUGCCCCAACCGAGGUGGCGCCUUAAAGAAGACUGAUGAUGACCGGUGGGGCCACGUGGCAUGUGCCCUGUGGGUGCCCGAGGUUGGUUUCUCCGAUACAGUAUUCAUCGAGCCCAUUGACGGUGUACGCAACAUCCCGCCCGCCCGCUGGAAACUGACAUGCUACCUAUGUAAAGAGAAAGGGGCGGGGGCAUGUAUCCAGUGCGACAAAAUGAACUGUUACACUGCCUUUCACGUCAGCUGUGCGCAGAAGGCUGGCCUUUUCAUGAAAAUGGAGCCCGUAAAGGAAGUGACAACGUCUGGUGCUACCAGUUUCUCAGUGAAAAAGACAGCCUACUGCUGCAGCCACACACCCGAAGGCUGCGACCGCCGGCCGCUCAACAUCUACGAGCAGUCGCACCCGAAAAACGGCGCCUGCCACAAGAAGAGCAACAGGCGAGGCAAAAUUCGGGCAAAGUCCUGGCAAAAGAAGAGGAGUAAACGAGGGGAGCCAGAACCUGAACCUGAUCCUGAGGCUCCUAGCACAUCUGGGCCCAGCAUCACAGCUUCAAGUUUCGACACCAUUUUGAACCAGGUAGCUGUUCAGAGGAAGCGUCCUUUUGCUGAGCAGGUGUUGAGCUACUGGGUCCUGAAAAGGCAGUCCAGAAACAACGUGCCGCUGAUCCGGCGCCUGCAGGCAAACCCGCAGGUGCCUAAGUCCAGGCAGGCGGAUCGUACAGAAGCCAACCAGGCACUGAAGGAGCAGCUGAAGGAGUGGCAUCGCCUCCGACAUGACCUGGAGCGAGCUCGCCUGCUGCUGGAGCUCAUCAGGAAGCGAGAGAAGCUUAAGAGGGAGGAGAUGAAGCUGCAGCAGUCAGUGCUAGAGGUCCAGUUGACCCCCUUCAACAUCCUGCUGAGAGCAGUGCUCAGUCAGCUGCAGGAAAAGGAUCAGAACAACGUCUUCGCUCUGCCCGUCAGCACCAAGGAGGUGCCAGACUACUUGGACCACAUCAAGAACCCCAUGGACUUCUCCACCAUGAGGAAGCACAUCGACAGCCACUGCUACCGCAGUCUGGAUGAGUUUGAGGCCGAUUUCAACCUCAUCAUCGCCAACUGUAUGAAGUACAACGCCAAGGACACGUUCUUCUACAGGGUGGCUCAGAGGAUGCAGGAACAUGGGGGGGCCAUCCUGCGCAGGGCCCGCAAAGAGGCAGAGAGAAUCGGCUUCGACUUUCCCAGCGGAUUGCUUCUGGCUGACGCACCGAAAAUAGAGCCACCCCCCCCUUUCUCCUGGGAGGAAGUGGAUCGCCUCCUGAGCCCCGCCUACCGCCAGCUGACCCCAUUGGAGGAUCAGCUAAAGGAGCUGCUGGAGAAGCUGGACCUGAGUAAGGCGAUGAAGAACAGUCCAUCACGUAGUAAGAGGCUCAAACUGCUCAAGAAGACCAUCAUGGAGGUUCGUAGUGAAAUAAGUCUGAAGGCAUCUCAUGCGCCACCACGACCCACGGCAUCAGAACUCAACCCGCCGCAUGAUCCAGCCCUCACCCAGCCAGCAGAGCAACCACUACCUGAACCUCCAGCAUCUUCCAGUGCCCUAGAAGAGAACUCAACCCCUCCAACUUUAGAGCUGCUAUCAUCGUCACAGCCAGAAGAAGCCCCGCCCACAAACUUGGAGCCACCCUCCUUAAAGCCCGUGGACCACGCCCCCAUGGAACUGGAUAGCAAUGGCACGUCUACCUCAACUACCUCAGUGCCCCAUGACAAGCUCAAUGGACACCUCCCUGAUUCGCUGCUCCCCAACAGCAACUUUCCCAACGAAGCCUCUGGCGCCAGCAACCGAAGGACUAACGUCUUCUUUCGGAAAUCCAAAAGCACCAGUCCACAGAAACCUCCCAAGAUUCCAGAGGUGUCCCCUUUGCCACCACUGGGGGCCAAAACAUUCCUGUCUGUGGUUAUUCCUCGACUGGAGACGCUCCUCUUGCCGAAGAAGAGACCGAGGAGUGGCAGUGUCGACUGUGAGGAAGACGAAGAGUCGCCAAUCAAGCGUUUGGGCACAGGGAUCACCAACGGUUUUGUGGUGGAACAGGAAGAGGAGGAUGUCUCACCACCUCGGCUACUGGAGCCUCGCCGCCGCUGCGCCUCUGAGUCAAGCAUCUCUUCAGCUGGCAGCGUUCUGUCAGGAACCAGCACUGUUGUUGUUCCGAAAAAUGCCAAAGGGCGGCAGGCCGUGGCUCGACGCAACACCGUGGACGACAAAAGUAGUCUGACGUCCUGCACUGAGAACGCCGAGUUGAGCAGGGCCGUAAAGGUCUCGUCAGAGGUGUGGAAGCCCUCCGCUGCCUUCCCAUUUGUUCUGGAGCCUCUUAAGCUAGUUUGGGCUAAAUGUAGUGGAUAUCCCUCCUAUCCCGCCCUGAUCAUGGACCCCCGAGCGCGGAGGACGAGGCCCCGGUACAACGGGGCGGAACUUCCUCACCCACCACAGGACGUGCUCCGAGUCGGAGAGCGGAUGCAGUUCAGGUCCGCAGAGAAACUCUUCCUCGUCCACUUCUUCGACAGCAAGCGCAGCUGGCAAUGGCUUCCUAGAUCCAAGAUGGCUCCCUUCGGGAUCGAUCAGACACUUGACAGGCUUAAGCUGCUGGAGUCUCGCCGCUCCAGCUUGCAGAAGUCCGUGCAGCUCGCCUUCGACCGUGCUAUGAACCACCUGAACGGCGUCAGUGGGCUAGAACAGAGUGACGACUGAAUGCCAUCGUCAUUCAUCAUUCUCGCUCUCUCCGUUGUCUCGUCAGCGUUUGGUUUGGAAUGCCACAGAGACGUGCCUCAUACGCACAAUGUUCCCUUCUGAAAUACUGUAGCCACCAUCGUUGUUUUGUCAAAGAGCUAUGCAAUGACACGAUUCGCUUGGCAGGAGAAAGACUCAUUAAAAGAAAAGUAAGGCCGUGGCGACUGAAUGUGUCAAUUUGACCUCCGACUUCUUCACAUGUGCUGCAAGGCUGCUGCAACAAUAUCACUGCCACGACAAUGUGUGUGUGUGUGUGUGUGUGUGUGUGUGUGUGUGUGUGUGUGUGUGUGUGUGUGUGUGUGUGUGUGUGUGUGUGUGUGUGUGUGUGUGUGUGUGUGUGUGUGUGUGUGUGUGUGGGGAGGGCAGCAGCUCGUGUAAAUAAAGCGAACAUGGCCUGACACUAAUUUAUUCACUCCCUCACUCGUUCAUUCAAACGCGGUCUUCCGCUGGUGCUAUCUAUCAUACUGUAACAGACUUUUUUUUCCUUCUUUUGUAAGUUAUUAACUGGUCAAGCUAUGACUUCUCAUUUAUGGCAUUAAUUUUGUUUUUAUUUUAUAAUGAAUGUUGUUUUUUACAGGACUACUUGUUUGUACAUAUUUAUAAGAAAUCUAUAGAGAUGCGAUCGUAGUUUCAAACGGCGUGUCGUUCACAACAAAACCAAAAAAAUAUCUGCCUCUCACCAUUUCCUCAUGAUUUUUAUUUUAACUUUUGGACUAGUGUUUUUGGGCCUUUUGUGUGUGUGUGUGUGUGUGUGUGUGUUUGUGUUUGUGUGCGCGCAUCGUGGGGCAUUCAUGUCUUCAGUAAAACAUCACAAAUGGUCUUUUCCAGCUGCAGGAUCGAGAAGAAUGUGCCUGUGCUUAUUUAUUGUAAAGCAGAUCAUGUAUAUGCAUCACUUUAUAGAGAGACUAUAGUGAGGAAAUAGCUGAGGCACACUCCUCUUCCUCAGCUCCUUUUUUCUUUUUCAACUAGCGCUGAGGUAAUAGUGUGUGUCUUUUAUUUUGAAAAGGAUAUACGGUAUAGUGAUGGGUAGACUUCCUUUUCCCCACCUUGGGUAUAUGGUUGUUGUGUGUAAAUAGCUUUGGUACAUUAGCUGGUUUUCUGGGAAUAAAAAAAGUAAUAGUUAAUGGGAGUGGAAACCAGCUGACUUGCUGGCAUUUUUUUAUACUAAAAACACUGAAAAAUUAAAAUAUGUAUUGAAUCACUGA